UUAAUUCUCUCUUUCUCUCUCUUCUGUCAUCACACUCACUGUGAGCACUUGUUUUUCUCUCUCUAACCUUCACUCCGUCUCAAUCGAAAGUGAUAGGCCACAAAACAGGCCCUUUCGUUUGGUUUGGUUUUCAUAACCUUCAUGCCGAUCUUCAACAACGUGUCACUCCUGCAGGUUCUUUCCAACUGGGUCAUGUUUCUGGGCCAUGAAGGGUUUGCUUGAAAUUUCCAUAACUAAAGUAAAAAACAAAACUUUACUUCUUUCUUCUUCGUCUGCUGUCAGCGGUUCUUUUAAUUUGUUUGGGAUGUUUUCGUGCUCUGUGGAUUUUCGUUAUGUUUGAUUUUCUUUUUUGAACUCGGCUUCUGUUUCUUUCUUUCUUUCUUUUGAGUUUAUGGAGGACUAGUGCAUUCGUUAGGUAGAAGAAAUGAUUGGAGAAUGCAAAUUGAAAUGGCUUGAAGUGAAUUGAAGUUAUUCACUUGGAUGAGUUAGGGUUUGUUUCAUUGCUAAAUUUGUACUACUGUGUAUGUGUAUUUGAAUGAAAGAGAGAAAUAAAGGAAAAAGGAUAAAGCUUUGAUGAUAUGAAGCUUUCAACAUCAGGGUUGGGUCAUCAGGGACAUGAAGGAGGGGAGAAGAAGUGUCUGAAUUCUGAGCUAUGGCAUGCAUGUGCGGGGCCCUUAGUGUCCCUACCAACUGCAGGAACUCGUGUGGUUUACUUCCCUCAGGGUCAUAGUGAACAGGUAUCUGCCACAACGAAUCGCGAAAUCGAUGGGCACAUACCAAAUUACCCUAGCUUGCCACCUCAGUUGGUUUGCCAGCUUCACAAUGUCACUAUGCAUGCUGAUGUUGAAACAGAUGAAGUAUAUGCUCAAAUGACACUACAGCCGCUGACCCCGGAAGAGCAGAAGGAUACAUUUCUUCCUAUGGAAUUGGGAAUUCCAAGUAAGCAGCCCUCAAACUAUUUUUGCAAGACUUUAACAGCCAGUGACACCAGCACACAUGGAGGAUUCUCUGUUCCUCGUCGUGCAGCUGAGAAAGUUUUUCCUCCGCUGGAUUUCUCACAGCAACCACCAGCACAAGAACUAAUUGCUAGGGAUCUCCAUGAUGUUGAAUGGAAGUUUCGACACAUUUUUCGGGGACAGCCAAAACGGCACCUUCUUACAACAGGCUGGAGCAUAUUUGUUAGUGCCAAGAGACUGGUUGCUGGAGAUUCAGUGCUUUUCAUAUGGAAUGAGAAGAAUCAGCUUCUUUUGGGAAUUCGUCGAGCUAAUCGACCGCAAACUGUAAUGCCGUCAUCAGUUCUGUCCAGUGAUAGUAUGCAUAUUGGACUUCUUGCAGCCGCUGCUCAUGCUGCAGCAACUAAUAGCUGUUUUACCGUCUUCUAUAAUCCAAGGGCUAGUCCAUCUGAGUUUGUCAUAUCACUUUCGAAAUAUAUCAAAGCUGUGUACCAUACACGUAUUUCUGUUGGUAUGCGCUUCAGGAUGCUUUUCGAGACUGAAGAAUCAAGUGUCCGCAGGUACAUGGGUACAAUAACCGGGAUAAGUGAUCUGGAUGCUGUUCGGUGGCAGAAUUCUCAUUGGCGCUCGGUCAAAGUCGGUUGGGACGAAUCAACAGCAGGAGAGAGACAGCCACGGGUUUCAUUAUGGGAAAUUGAGCCUUUAACAACAUUCCCAAUGUAUCCAUCAUUGUUUCCUCUCAGAUUGAAACGUCCGUGGCAUCCUGGCACCUCAUCUUUGCUUGAUGGAAGAGAUGAAGUCGCAAAUGGUCUAAUGUGGAUGAGAGGUGGACCUGCAGAUCAAGGUCUCAAUUCCCUUAAUUUUCAAGGUGCUUCUGGCAUGUUGCCAUGGAUGCAGCAGAGACUAGAUCCAACUUUACUCGGAAACGAUCAGAAUCAACAAUACCAAGCCAUGUUGGCGGCAGCUGGAAUGCAGAACAUGGGUAGUAGUGGAUAUCUCAUGAGGCCACAGAUGAUGAAUUUUCAACAACAGCCUAUCCAGUACCUUCAGUCGGGAAACAAUAAUUCACCUUUGCAACUUCAGCAACCGCACGCAAUUCCACAAUCGGUGUCCUCUAGUAUGAUGCAACCACAAGGCCAAGUACUUACUGAAAACCUGUCUCAACACCUCCUUCAGAAAACAAAUAACAAUCAAGAAGUCCAAGCUCAACAGCAGCAACAUGCUUAUCAAGAUUCACUUCUUAUUCAAAAUGAUCAACUCCAUCAGAGACAACAACAACAACAGUCCAAUGUGCCAUCACCGUCGUACUCAAAACAAGAUUUCCUGGAUUCAAACUUGAAGUUUCCUGCUUCGGCUUCCUCCGGACAAAACAUGCUUGGUUCGCUUUGCAAUGAAGGAACUGGAAAUCUCUUGAAUCUAUCAAGUCUAUCCAGAAGCGGUCAGUCGAUGAUGGCCGAACAGUUACCGCAACAAUCAUGGACUCCGAAGUAUGGGAAUAUGCAGGUCAAUGCAUUUAGUAACACAAUGUCGCAUGCACACUUUUCUGGAAAAGAUUUGGCAAUGGCGCCACAUUGUGAUUCAGAUGCCCAAAACCAUACUCUCUCGGGUGUCAAUAUCGAUUCAUCUGGCCUUCUACUCCCCACGACUGUCCCAGGUUACACCACUUCAUCGGCUGACACUGGUGCGUCAACAAUGCAACUAGGGGAGUCGGGAUUCCAGAGUUCUCUAUACGCCUGCAUGCAAGAUUCAUCUUCAUUUUUGCAAAAUGCAGAGCAAGGCGACCCACAAAACCAGAACCCAACAUUUGUGAAGGUUUACAAAUCGGGUUCGGUUGGGCGUUCACUUGACAUCUCUCGGUUCAACAGCUAUCGUGAGCUGCGAGAGGAGUUGGGUCAGAUGUUUGGAAUUGAGGGGAAGUUAGAAGAUCCUCUUAGAUCAGGCUGGCAGCUUGUGUUCGUCGACCGGGAGAAUGAUGUGCUUCUCCUUGGCGACGAUCCGUGGGAAUCAUUCGUGAAUAACGUUUGGUAUAUCAAAAUACUUUCACCGGAAGAUAUUCAGAAGAUGGGAGAAGAAGCGGUAGAAACGCUUGCUCUAGGUUCAGGACAGAGGCUCAACGGCACCGGCGAAUCUCACCACAUUGUUUCUGGACAACCACCAUCAAUUGGCUCACUUGAAUACUGAGAAUCGGAUGAUUCCAAAAUGUACCUUUCAAGUUCCACGUUAAGACGAUUUCUUUAUGUGUUGGAAUGUACUGUUAAUUUAUUCCACGUAUCAUGUUUAUUGUUUAUGUCAGGAUUGAGAAGAAAGCAUACAUUUAUGAUAAGAUAUUUAGGACAAGCUUGUGUGUCAAUCUGAAGCUGGAACACUGAAAGCUAGAAUUAGUGUUACUUCUGUUUUAGUAUUUGGUUAACUUAUUGCAUGUACUUAUGUACUCUAGAUAGGCAACUAGAGAAGACUCUUUAAGCUUAAGCUGUCGUUAUUUCUACCUCAUUUGAGCAAUAUAUGACUCUUAUGAAAAUUCACAACUAUGACCGUUCAUAAGUACAGUGUCUCUUAAUUGCUGCCA